AUGCCACAGAGCGACUCCACAAAUUCCGUAAUAAAUCUCACUUGUCAAGAGACGGAAAGCGAAUUCACAGCUCGAAUGAAAUUAACUGCCGCAUAUGGAACUUUGAUGGGAGCAGCACCGGUCAGGCCGAGGGAUCCAACUCGGAUGUAUAUCUCAAACCAUGCGCUGUGUUCAACGAUCCUUUUCGACGGGGCCGAAAUAAACUUGUGCUUUGUGAAACCCUCAGAAACGAACAAACGAUAUGAGUGCGCAAAGGCCAUGGAACAAGUGAAAGAACACAAACCCUGGUUUGGAAUUGAGCAAGAGUACACCCUCAUGGAAGUCGACGGCCUUCCUUUAAAUUGGCCAAAGUCGGGGUUUCCCCCUCCACAAGGUCCGUAUUACUGUUCAGUUGGAACCGGCAAGGCCUAUGGUCGUGAUAUACCCGAAGCACACUAUCGGGCGUGUAUGUACGCCGGUGUGAAGAUUGCAGGAACGAAUGCGGAAGUUAUGCCAUCUCAGUGGGAAUUUCAGAUAGGACCAUGUGAAGGUAUAGCUGCGGCGGACCACUUAUGGGUGGCACGAUUCAUUCUGCACAGAAUAGCUGAAGACUUUGGUGUCGUUGUCAGCUUUGAUCCCAAGCCGGUGUCUGGAGACUGGAAUGGUUCCGGAGCACACACGAAUUAUUCCACCGUGGAAAUGCGCUCCCCACCGAAUGGAUUAAAAUUCAUUGAAGAGGCCGUGGCAAAGUUAUCACUGAAACACGCGGAACACAUCGCCGCGUACGACCCUCAUCAAGGCUUGGACAACUCGCGACGGCUAACUGGUCUGCAUGAGACGAGUAGCAUUUCCGGGUUUUCUUCAGGUAAGAAUCACACCACUUUGACUCUGCGUUCGGUUUUUCGCUUGAAUUGCGUCGCAAAUCGUGGAAGCAGUAUCCGCAUCCCCCGCCAGGUUGCUGACGAUGGUUAUGGGUAUUUGGAAGAUCGUCGGCCGUCGGCUAACUGUGAUCCAUACAGCGUGACUCGUAUGCUCGUCCAGACCACAUGUCUCGAAUGA